CUUCCGGUUUCUGAAAGCGUUGUUAGUUGUUUGUUAUAAAGGGCUUGUACUGGCGAAUCAUGACACAAGAUGCAACUUCACAGAUAUUUUCUUCAUUUCAAGAUUACAUAAACGAAGAGCAAGAAAUUCGCGAGGACAUAAGGUCUCAAGUAAAGGAUAUUGAACAAACAGCCAGAGAAAUUCAGACUUUGUUACAAUCUGUCCAUCAACAAGAUGGCAUCAAAAGCAUCUCAACAUUGUGUGAAAAAGCAAGGGAGCGGUUUGGAAGAGUACGAGAACAGUUCAGUAAGCUGUCCCAGAAGGUGCCUCAAGAUCAGUACUAUCGAUUUCAUGACCACUGGAGAUUUGUGAGUCAGAGACUGACUGGUCUGUCAGCGUACAUCGUCUACCUGGAGAAGGAAGCUCUCAUAUCCAGGGAGGACUCAGCAGCCAUGUUGGGAGUUAAAAUGCAGCGAGGUGAUGGUUUCCAUAUUGACCUUGACGACUACCUCAUGGGCUUGUUACAGUUGGCCAGUGAACUGUCUCGACUAGCAGUGAACUCUGUGACUGCAGGAGAUUAUGGGAGGCCUGUCAGAAUUGCCAGAUUUGUGGGAGAACUCGAUUCAGGAUUUAGACUUUUGAACUUGAAAAAUGAUAGUUUACGUAAAAGAUUUGAUGCCCUGAAAUAUGAUUUGAAGAAAUCUGAGGAAGUAGUUUAUGACUUGACAAUUCGAGGACUUGUACCACAGGAACAGAAGUCCACUGACAAGCCAACAGAAUAAUGGUCGUCUGGGGGCUGUUAACUCCAUGAGGUGAUACGACCACUCAGGGGACCCAAGGUCUCUCAGGCUUAGUAGCUUGCCACCAGUGCCACCUUCAACAUAGGGACAGACCUCCUUGCUGUCAAGGCAUGUUUUAUUGAGUCUGAGGACGUUUGUAACCACAAAAAUGAUUUUUUAGAAGCUCGGUUUGUUUUCAAGGUUUGUUCAUCAGCCGGUGAGAUGACAGCCUGUUCUCAUGAGAUGAACUGAGAGCACUGGGUUAUUGACACUGCAGCAGUUUAUUCCAAGGUGAUACAACCACAGCUGGUUUAUAUUGAUUAACAGCUGAACUGAAACUGUUUACACAGAAUUAUUAAAUCAUAUUUCUUGACUGUUA